AGAAUAAUGUGCUAAGCCCAAGGCCCAAUGCUAAAAAGUUCAUUCAAAAAAAGGCCCAAAAAAACCAAAGAUAAAACCAUACCUUAACGGGUAUGAGGCCUGGGGCCCUGGAGACUAUGUUGGGGAUUCAGCACUGGGGCCACUGUCUUGGGUUUCAGUGCCGGAGCUUCGCGGCGUCCAUGGCGGCAGCUACCAGGAGCCCUAGCAGGGUCUCGGCCUUCUCCACAGGGUCCCCUGCCCCGAGCUCUAAGCGCGUUGGCACUCACCAUGGGAGCUUCCACUGCGACGAGGCUCUUGGAUGCUUUAUGAUCCGCCUCACCUCCAAGUUCUCCGGCGCCGAAAUCGUCCGCACUCGAGACCCUCAGCUGCUGGACACGCUGGAUGCGGUGCUUGAUGUAGGUGGUGUGUAUGAUUCCAGUCAAGACCGUUAUGAUCAUCACCAAAAAGGCUUUGAUGAAGUCUUUGGACAUGGGUUUAACUCCAAGCUAAGCAGUGCUGGACUUAUUUACAAGCAUUAUGGUAGGGAAAUAAUUGCAAAGGAACUUAAGUUGGAUGAGACCCAUGAAGAUGUAAACCAUGUAUAUCUUGCUGUCUAUAAAAAUUUUGUUGAGGCAAUUGAUGCUAUUGACAAUGGGAUCAAUCAGUAUGACACUGAUCAGCCACCUAAGUAUGUGAAUAACACUUACUUGUCUUCACGAGUUGGACGGCUUAAUUUGAACUGGAUGGAUCCAGAUCAAUCAGCUGAGAAGGAAAAUGCUGCUUUCCAACAAGCUAUGAUAGUUGCUGGUAGUGAGUUUUUAGAGAGUGUUCAUUUUUAUGCUAUAUCAUGGCUGCCUGCCCGAUCCAUAGUUAUUGACUGUCUGAAGUCAAGAGGAGAUAUUGAUCCCAGUGGAGAAAUAAUGCUUCUGAAUAAAUUUUGCCCGUGGAAACUGCAUUUGUUUGAGCUUGAAGCAGAGUUGAAGAUUGAUCCUUAUGUCAAAUAUGUAAUUUAUCAGGAUGAUAGAAGCAAAAAUUGGCGGAUACAGGCAGUUGCAAUAUCUCCAGAAAAAUUUGAGAGCAGGAAGCCUCUUCCUAUUCUUUGGAGGGGUCUACAAGAUGAUGAGCUAUCAAGGGAGUCUGGUAUUCCUGGUUGUGUCUUUGUUCAUAUGAGUGGCUUCAUUGGUGGAAAUCAAACGUACGAGGGAGCCCUUGCCAUGGCGAGAGCUUCUCUGAAGUUUUGACCUCAUUGAUGAUUUAAGAGUUUUAUCAACAGCUUCUCAAUCCCAUUUUGCUUGUCGUUGUUCUUCCUCUUGCUUGGCUGAUAGUGCUGAAUGGAAGGAGCUGAUCCAUUGUAUCUUAUACUGCCCCUAUUCACCAAAGACGACCUCCACGCAUUCUUGAAAAAUAUUUAUUGAAUUGUGUUGUAGUAAUAGAUCUGGUCGUUUUUUUGUAAUUAAGAUGUGUUUAGCCGAUGUCGAUCCUGCCAAGCCCACUGAACUUCAGCUCAUUGUUAUUCCAGGCCCUUUUCCUCCAAUGUGCUAUGAGGAGGUAAGUUAUACCUUUUAUCAAAGAUAAAUUUAUUCUCUUUAAACGCUUGAUCUUUGGUAGGCAAAAUAAGGUACCUGGUUCUAAUUCGUCCUGUUGGUGAGCCUCUAACCGACAAUUGUUUACUUCUAAUUAUUAAGUUUUUGAAUGGCC